AUGUUAUUUUUCUUCCUCUAUUAUGUUAAAUCUAACUUAUUCACAGUUAAUCAGAUAGAUCAAGAAACCAAAGUAUUCCAGCCUUUAUAUAAUGGAAAUCCAAUAACUCAAUUCGGAAUUAAAUCAGAGAUUUAUGCCGUAGAUAUGAAGUUCAAGUAUAAUAUCUCUCAUGACGAAGAAAUUUUCUAUAAAGGUAUUGAUAUCAAAACAGAAGUGACCUUUCCUGAAAAUGAAAAUUCCAUUUUUUUAAAUUUUACUUUUCAAAGUAAUUAUACAGUAAAUCGUGAAUUUUCAUUUUAUAUAUACGGAGAAGCUCCAUUUUCGGAUGAUUUUUCUACAGAUAUUAUAACAUUUGCAGGAAUUCAAGGAUAUACCUAUAAAGAGCGCAAUUCAAACAGAAAUAUAAUAAUUUCUGCAGAUAGAAAUACACCUCCAAACUAUUUUUAUCAUAAUAUCUUGGGAGAUUCUUUUGAUGAAAAUAUCAGAUCUUUUAAUACAAGGAAUACAUGUUUUCAUCAUUCAUUGCUUUCAAACAUAUCAAGUUGGGUGUUAGGAUGGAAUAGGUAUAUACUAGAACCAUAUCAGACUUUGCAAUUUAGAUUAAUAAUUACUGAUGACACAAAUUUAGAACCAACACCAACAAUAUCAGUUGACAAAACCAUUGCAAAUCCUAACAAUUUAUUCCCGAUUACAGUUAUCCCGACAAAGAGCAAUACUUUAUAUUUCAUUGAAAGUUAUCGCGGCUCUGAAGGUUAUACAAGCCGGUUGAUUCUUGGAAAUUUCACAUCCAAAGAAGCAGGAGUUGCUGAAACAAUCAAUAUUUCGUUCUAUGGCCACCCAUCUAGUGAUAUAAGAAAAAUCUUCGUAUAUUCACAAUUCUCAGCAAAUUCGGAACCCGUUUAUAUAACAAUUUCAUCAAAAGAAGAAAGUUUUGAUAUUAUUUCACCACCACAAUCACAUAUCAUCAACUAUGGAACCAUUAAUAUGAAAUUUAACACUACAAGCUCAAGUCGGAAUAUUUAUUGCAUAUAUAACGAUGCAUUCGAAGAUAAGUUUUAUUAUUAUUCCAAUCAGGAGAAUGGAAUAUAUUAUAUAAUCUUCAGAAUCCCAUAUGACAAAAAAUACCUUAGAAAUGGAGAAAAUAUAGUGAGAUUUUUUGUAUCAGGCGCAAAUACUGAAUUAAAGAGCUUUAACAUCAUUAUCGACUAUUUCCAUCAACUAGAUAUAUCAUCUCCAAUGUCAUAUAACAGAAUAGCCACCAAAAUCUCAAUGAAUGCAACUGUAAACAUGACCAUUAAAAGCCCUCCUAACAAUAUUAUAACUCUUAUUUAUCGUUAUUAUGACAUGAAUGGCCCAGUUUAUAAUGAAAUAACAAAUUUCACAAUUGGUAAUUCCAAUACCGAAAUUCAAUAUCAACACAUUCUUCAUAUCGAUCCAUCCAAACGCCAAUUGGAUUCUUUACAGACCGAAGGAUUUGAAAUUAGAGAUAUAUAUGGUGCUUCACAUUAUUUCAAUUUUUAUGUUAUUGUUGAAUUACCAUCUCUCGAAUUCUACAGCUAUAGAAGUGGUUAUCGUAUAGCAGCAGAAAGAGGAAAUUAUUUCAACUUCAGUGGUCAACUUGAUGGUUUUACACCAAAUACAAUAUUCAAUAUUGCUUAUGGAAAAGCUAAUUCUGGAAACAUGAUGAAUUACUACACCAGAAAACUUAAAGAUGAAUCAUCAUAUAAUACUAAAAGCAGUAAUAAAUCAAAACAAAGUAGAAUUGUUAAACAAAAUGAAUAUCCAUAUGAAUACUCCGAUAAUUUCAUUCAUAUUGAAUCUUAUCCUUGUUUUGAAACUUCAGAACCAAUAGAAUAUACUACUUUAUCUUAUUCUGUUACAACUCAAGAUUCUUAUAAAUCAGAAUAUUUCAAUAUAUCUGAUCAAAUAAGUCAAGAAUCUCCAGAAUAUGUAGUUUAUUUUGUUAAUGCUACUUCUCAAGACAGAAGUAUUUCAAUAUGCAAGUAUUUCUCUGUUAAUAUUCAAACAAGACCUGAAAUUUUGAGUGCUUCAUUACUUGAUAAUAUUAUUACAAUUGGUCAACCAUUAAUUUUGAAUAUGUCAUUUAAUUCAACUGAUUUUGCAGAGUUGGAAAUUAGUAUUAAUAACUCAUACUUUAGCUAUGCCAAUUAUCAUUACUCAUCAGAUCUAUGCCACAUCGAAUUCCCUUUUAUGAUCUUAGCAAAUGUUGCAAAUUACACAGCACAAUUGAUUGAAGGUCCUUUAAACGAAGAAAUUGCUAGGCAUAUCAUUCCAGGCAAUUAUGAUCUUUCAAUUAGAUUAACAACUGAUGGCGGUAUUAAAUCCAACGUAUUUCACUUUCAAUUUACCAUAUCAGAUCAAAUACUUCCGCAAUUUGAAAUAUAUUUUUACUCAGACGAGAUGAUUUUCCCACUCGGAAAUAUUGCGAUGGAGAUUGGAAUGUUUCGACUUCUCCCUUGCAAUGUAACAUUACAUGGAUCGUGGGAUGGCCAAGAAUCAUUCACUAUCCAUACAAUUGAUUUAUAUGAAAUGAUGGAAUAUCGAAAUUCUAUAGUUUUUAGUACUCCUGAAACCGAGGGACAGCACACUUUAUAUUUAUGGCUGACAACUGAUACAGGAUAUAAAUCCAUUCAAAAUCUAACAUAUUCAAUGGAAUUCAUGGAGGAAGAAUCUGCAACUGAAACAACACCUCGAAAUACAGAUGUUGAAGAAAAUCCUGACCCAGAAUUUACUCCAGAACCAACUCCUGAUCCAACUCCACUUCCAACCCCAAAUCCAUCUAUAGAAUGCAAUAAUUUAGCAAGUUACACCCAAGCUGAUAAUGAACUUUCUUUUUCAUGUGAUGUUGAAGGACUUGCAGUUAAUCAAACAAUCAUUUUAAUGACAACAUUUUUAGGCGAUAAUGGAGAUGUUUAUUAUAAAAACUUUACAGAUCCAAGCUUUAGAUCUAAUGACAACAAUUAUUAUCACAUUGAAUUUAAAGCUGAUGUUAGAUUUGUUGCUCGAUAUACAAUAGGCUGGAUUAAUGUCUCAGCAACAGAUGAAAUAACCACAACCCCUGUUUGGAGAGAUUAUAUUCACAUUGUUCCAAUUGCACGUUUUAAUUCAUUGGGUAUAUCAAAAACAGAAGUUUCAUAUGGAGAAUCAUUUGAUAUUGUUGCAAACGUUUCUACAUCAUCAUUAAUUAGUGCAUAUAUAUACUAUUACUUUGACAAUGACAUUAAAUCCCGCCAAACCUUUAGUAUCCAAAUGAGCGGAGAAACUUACAAUUUUACAAAAACAUUUUCUACAAACAAUUUAUUCCAUUGCGGUUUGCAUAAUAUUUCACUAUCAUUUGGGUUAGGAAAAUAUCGAGAUGAACAAGUAUUUAAUUUUACAAUAUUAGAUAAUCAUCUCCCUUAUAUCAAAAUAAUUCCAAAGUAUACAGGCACAAAAUUUUUCAUGAGUAAUUCUUCUGCAAAAUAUGAGAUUCAAUGCAUGGAUUUCAACUAUGAUCAAGAGAAUAGAAUUUAUGUUGUAGCAGACAGAAAUCUUCCUGAAUUAGUUGCAACUGUUUCACCUAACAGAACAUUUGUUAAUAUUGAAUAUCAGUAUUAUUAUCCAAUGAUUAGUGCACAUCAUACAUUAAAGUUCUAUUCUAAUGAUUCAACAGGUGCUCAAUCAAAUAUCAUAACAAUUGAAUUUGAUGUUGAUAUAACCCCAAGUGUCUGCAUUGUGAAUUUCCCUAACCAAAAGUAUUUUGAGGUUAAUUCAUAUUUCAUUGUUGAUCUGUAUUUCUUUAACUAUAAUCCAGGAUCGAUUGUUAAUGUAUUUUAUUAUCUUGACAAAACCAUUAAAAUUCCUGAAAAUAUAACAAUUUUUGAUAAUUUCUCUUCUCCAAUUACAUCAAUUAACAUCACCACAAUUAAUUAUCCUGAUGAUCGUUGGCUGGAAAUUUAUGGACAGGAUAACACAGGAGUUUAUUCAAAUAAAACAAAAUUACGUGUAUUAAUUGAUAUGAAGCCAAUUAUUAGUUAUAUUCAACCUUUGAAAGAAGAAUAUAGUGUUGGCGAAGUAAUUUCAUUUAAUGUUUUAGGAAUGGGAACGGGUUAUUGUGAGCUUCAUUAUAAGUAUGAUGAUAUGUCAUGGGAGGCUUUUAAUUAUGAAAGUUCGCAUGGCAGAUUUGUUUGGAUUAAUCGAACAUUGCAAGCAAGAUAUGCUACAAGAGAAUACUUAAUUUCAUUAAAGAUGGUUGAUACAUAUGAUGUUGAAUCUGAUAUUUACAAUUUUAGUUUUCGAGUCAAUGAAAGGCAUUCCCCAACAUUAUCAGUUUCAAACUAUGUUUGGAGAAAUGAAAUUAUAUACUUUUAUCAAGAUAUCAAAUUCAUAUGCACAAUAAAUGAUCAAGAUGUUGGAAAUAUUGUAGAUUUAUCAUUCAGCAUCAACAAUUCUGAGUUUUCUUCCAUAUACAAUUAUAUUUCUGAUGGAAGGGAAAAAGUUAUUGAAUAUUAUUAUACAGGACCAAGGAAGGAUGGAUAUACAAAAUUCGCAUUUAAAGUUACUGAUAACACAGAUAUAUCAAAAAGUUAUGAAAAAUUUAUUAAUCUUCGGAGAGGUUUAGGUUUCCAAUAUACGCAACUUACAAAUCAACGUAUAUUUGAAGGUGGUGAGGCAUUGCCAUUCACAGGAUUUAUUCAUGAUUAUGAACCAAACACGAAUGUAAGUUUAUACUAUAGUUUUGAAAAUGGUAACCCUAUUCAAAUAUCUGAUUAUGUUAUAAUUGGUAGCAAUUAUAGGUCGCCGAAUAUAACUUUUAAUAUAACAAUUCCAAAUAAUUAUGGAUCCCAUAGAAUUAAUUUUCAUGUACUGAAACAAGGAGAGCAACAAUUUAGUACAUUUAAUUCAGUGGGUUAUGAUGUUAACAAACCACCAAUUUUCAUUGAUUGGGUUUCUUUCGACAAGCCUCAUUAUAAUAAUUCAUUCAUCAUUAUUAAUUCCACUAUUUAUGAUGAAAGACAUGUUGAAUUAUUUUAUAGAUUUAACUCAGAUCCAUUUAAAGAUUCUCCAGGUGGAUAUAAUUUUGAUGGAGUAUCCAAUAAGACAAUUGUAUAUCAUUGUCCAUUACCAAAUAAUCUUGAACAAGGUAUUAAUACUAUAUCGGUUUAUUUUAAAGAUAAUUAUAACAAUAUUUCAGAAACAAAAACACAAGAAUUCAUUUAUGAUUCUCGAACUGCACCAGUUAUUCAAGUGUAUAACGAAAAAACAUCUAACUAUGGAUUUUAUGAAAAUAUAACAUUAAGUGUUUCAGUAUUUGAUGAAGCAGUGGAAAAUAUUAUCAAUGUAACGCUUUUCUUAGAUAAUGAAAUCCCAAUCCUUGUAUAUUCGGCAAAAUCAGAUGGAAUUGUGCACAAUUUUACAUAUAGCUCCCCUGUUCCACGAUCUAAUGGAUAUCAUUAUUACACAUUCUCGGCCGUCAAUAGCAUUGGAGCCGAAUCUUUAAAUGUUACUAAGGAAAUUAAUAAUAAUUGCAUCAGUGAUUAUUUUAUAUUUAUAAUCUAA